CGAUGUUUUUUGUUGUGAUAAUGUCGAAGUGAUUCAAACAUCACUUCAAAAAAUGGAGAAUGUUGAAACUGAACAUAUAAUUUCCACACCUGAGUUUAUUCAAAUCAAAGAAGAGGCAGACCUGGAUUACGAUUACGGUUCGCCGACGGAAACGGAGCCCGAGCCCAAAAUCAAACUUGAACCGCUCCGUGACGAAUUGCAUUCACACGAAUGUCUUCAAUGCGAUACGAAAUUCGUCGACGACGAACAAUUAAAAAUCCACAACAUGGUUCACAAGAAUGAACAUAAAUGUUUUGUGUGCAAUGGUAUGCAUAUAAAGAAUAAAAAUCAAUUUUAUGGGCAUGUCAGGAAGCAUAUGUGUUCUAAGCCAUUUCUGUGCAAAUACUGCGACAAAACUUUUCCAAGCAAUAGAGAAACAAAACUACAUAUGAGAGUGCACAGCGAUGCACGGCCUUAUAUGUGCACUGAAUGUGGUAAGGCCUUCAAACAAUUAAGCACUUUGAAAGACCAUGAAAUUGUGCACACUGGAGUUAAGAGGUUUAAAUGUAAGAUUUGUGAGGGACCAUUUGCAACAGCAACAAGUCUCCGUCGUCACGUACGAGUUUUGCAUGAAGCAAUCCGCAACUACAAAUGCCAUUAUUGUGAACAGUCCUUCAGCAGUAAAGAAUUCCUUAAGGAUCACAUGGCAAUCCAUCGCGACACUGAUCCGUUAAAAUGUCAACUAUGCAAUAUAAGACUUCCCGACACCGAUUCUCUCACAGAUCACCAGAACAAACACAUUGAACUCAAAGAGAGCGGUUACUGCGUAUACUGCGCGAACAGCACGUUCUAUUUCAAUCUGAAGGAUCACGUUGAAAAGAAACACAAACCGAGAACGUGCGAGAUUUGCAACUUGGUGUUUUACGAUGACAAAUCCAUCGAGAAUCAUCGGAGAAGCCAUACGGAAAAAGAGCUCACCAAAGAACCAUUAAGUUGCCAGAUUUGCCAGAAACAAUUCGAGUUCCCCCGCUACCUCAAAGCACACUUAAAACGUCAUGAGGACACGUACAAGAAAUUCAAGUGUGACAUAUGCAGCAAAGGGUUCUCAUCGAGGAGAGAUCUGACUGAUCAUUUAAACGUUCACGCCAACGUUAAGAAUUUCAAAUGUCCAAUCUGUGAUAAGGCCUUCCGUACGAAACAGAACGUGGCGAAACACAUGCCGAUUCAUUCGGAAAAGCGGCCGUACCAAUGCAAAGAGUGCCAGAAGGCGUUCAAGAAACAGAGCAUAUUAAGGAAGCACUUGUUCACGCAUCUGAAGGAUCGCCCGUUCAAAUGCGAAUUCUGUGAUAAAACCUAUAAAUCUAAAGAGAGCCUCAGGGUUCACAAGUUCACGCACAACAAGGCCAAGUUUUAUUGCCGGACUUGCAAGGGUGGAUUUUUAACUGUGAAAGAGUGGUAUGGGCAUGGGUGCAGUGUGUUCAGCAAACCCAAGUAUUAUUCUUGUAGUUUCUGCAGAAGGGUUUUCAGGAAGCAGAUUUUGUUACGAAUACACGUUAGGAAUAUGCAUGAUGUUAGGUAUUUUUGGUGCGACUUGUGCAAUCAGGUAUUAAAGAGAAAGUACAAUUUAAUUGUGCACAAAUUCAAAUGCUUUGUUAAAAUAGAACCUAAGCUUUAGAAGCUAGUGUAUAAUUGUUUAUGUAUAUAUAUUAAUUUAUUUAACUUAUUAAAUAAACAUUAAAUGAG